UGGUCUCCGGCUGCCUUCCCGCUCUCUCCUCCUCAUUCCGUGCUUUUCAGUUUCGCUCGCACUGUGCCCUUUUCCUCGUCGCUCUUCCCGGGCCUGCGAGCGGCGGCGCUAGGCCGCGCUGGGAUCCCCGGUCUCCCUUUCAUUUUAUUUUUUUUUUAUCUCUUUCCCGUGGCCCGCGAUUCUUCCCGCGGCCGCUGCGCAUCGGCGGCUCCGCGACAUCCCGGCGAGCGGCUGGCAGAGCGCGGCGCGCGAGCGCGCUCCGCUCCCUCCUCGAAACCCUUUUCUUCCCCUACUGCCCGAUUUUGGGGAAGAGCCGUGCCUUUGGCGCCGCAGCCUGCGGCUCGCUCGCUGCAAGAGCACGGUCCCCCGCUGCUAAGGCACGCGCGCCACAAAUCCGGGAAAGCAAGCAAGCGACGACUCCGGUUCCUCGUGCCACAACACGAAGGAGCAGCGGAAGGAGCGAGCGCCAGCAUCCUCUGCGUGCAACCACUGCACGGUUUCUGCCGGCGGAUAUAUAGCUGCAUACUUUCAUGCUCCACUCGUGGCCAGCGUCGCCGGGCUGCUGCGGGCUCUGACGGCGCCGGUGGUUGACCACGCGUUGACGACGCCGACUGCUGCGUCGCCAUGCCGUUCAGCAUCCGGCGGCUGACGCUGCAGCGCAGCCUGUCCGGCGGCGAGCGGCCCAAGAGCGAACCACCGGGGGGCCGGGCGGCCAUCAAGAAGUCCGCCUCGCAGGACGAGGCCCGCGCAGCCAGGGCGCUCCCUUCGUCGCGCUCCGCCGACCAGGGGGACCUCAGGCGGCUGCAGGCGCUCGGCCAGGCGCCUUCCCCGGUACAGGGAUCGCCGCUGCAACACCACGAGCCGGCUCAGCCGCAGCAGCAGCCUCCCGAGCCGCCUGCCCGCAACUGGUCCCCACAGCUUACAUCAGGCGGCGGUGGCCGCUACCCGACGCGGGCGGUGAGUGUCGACCGUGCCACUUCGUCGUCGUCUUCGUCGCUGCUAUCCCGGUGGCGGCAGGUGGGCCGAUCCAAGAGCGCCAGCAUCUCCGAGCCCCGCGAGUACCCCCUAGACGACGGCAACGCCAAACCCACGCCGCCGCCGCGACCCCCCCGGUCGGCCGCAUCCAGGCUGUCCGCAGCGGGCGGCAAAGGUCCGGCCGACUGGUCAGGCGGUGGCGGUGGCGGCGUGGUCGCCGGCCACACGGUGCGCAGGCCCGUGCCCAGGAGGCAACACUCGCUGCCGGAGACGCAGGAGCAGCAGCUGCAGCGCUCCAUCAUGGAGCUACAGAGCCACCUGGGCGCACCCGUGGGUGGCGGCGGCGGCGGCGGCGGGCGCAUGGUGGGCCCACCCAUGUACCAGCCACCGGCGAGCGUCUACGACGAGGACCCGGGCAUCAUGUCCGAGGUGGAGACCUCGGCCACGGGCCUGCGCCGGGCCACCAAGGCCCGCGCCAGCCUGCCCGUCGUCCGCACGCCGUCCAAGACGCAGGAGCGGCCACUCGCAAGGAUGACGCUCGUCAAGCCUGGCGAGCUUGGCGACUGGCAGGAUGGCAAAGGAAAUCGGUACAAGGAAGACUACAGGACUUCGAUGUCGCCCUCUGGAGGCGUCUACGUCAACAAUGAGCUGGCGUCUCGGGCGGCCAUGAUGACAUCGCUAGGCCUGGUGUUCCUUCAGUACCGGAGCGAGACGAAGCGGGCCUUGCUGCCGAACGAGAUCACGUCGAUCGACACGGUGAAGGCACUGUUCGUGCGAUCCUUCCCAAAGCAGCUCACCAUGGAGUAUCUCGAUUCACCGCACAUACGCAUUUACAUACACGACCCCUCCAAGGAUAUGUUUUACGAGCUCGAGGACCUCAGGGACAUCCGAGAUCGAUCAGUGAUACGCAUAUACGAGCAAGAUGUCAACGACGGGGGUGUCUACAGCACGUACGACCAGGAUAUGAGCUACUUUUCGGAGCCAGAGUUCGACUCGGAAUACCAGAACCAACACAUCCACAGGGCCAAGGGGGGCAAGUCUCAAGGAGCGGGCUACUAUGGAGUGCCGGCCUAUCCACCACAAGGCAGAACCCAGACACUUCCGCACGGCGCAACCAUUCGCCCCUUCUCACCUGCCCCACAGGAGAGGCCCAAGCCAAGCCCAGGCUACUCGCAAACCCUUCCCCGUGGAAUGACCUACUCGUCGGUGGCGCUGAGUCCGGAAAAGAGGCAGCCUGGCCUGCUUGUGACCGCUGCCGGCCCGCUGGGAGCGGCGCCGGCCAAGCCGCAGCGGUUCUAUGGACAGCCACCGCCGCCCCUACGGGUCGCCUCUCCCCUCACCUCCCCGAGGUCCCCUCUGCCGAGGCCAGUGCCCCCGCCGCCGCGCGCCCUGUCUCCGGACAGGGGCGGCAGCGGCCUGCUGGCCGAGGCCGGCUACCCGCCAGUGGUGGGCGCGCCCUUCCCGGCGGCCGGGGCACCGCCCGGCCCGUACCCGCCGCCCACGUCGCCGCGCCGCUACGACCUGGCCGGCUACCCUCCGGCCGACGACCGGGGCCGGGGCGGCGAUCCGGGAUACUCGCCCGAGCACAGGCUGGACCACACGCGCUCCUUGCCGGCGACCUUCAACUCGGCCUACGAGGAGCCCUUCUAUGGCGGGGACGCCGCGGCCGCUUACGGCUCACGCUCGGGCAGCGCCACGCCCAUCAUCGACGAAGAAGCACGAAUGCGUGUGGAAUACAUGGAACGCCAGCUUGCAAGUCUGACUGGGCUGGUACACAAGGCCCUGGCUGCAGGAACUUCUCCACGGCAGCCAAGCCACCUGAUCCCUACCAGGGACACGGACGUGGCUCCCGAGAAGGACAGGUCGGAUGACGUUCGGCUGCCAGAAUAUGAUGUGCAGAAGCACCCCUUCAAAGAGGAGAAGUCAGUGUCGUUCUCAGACGAGACCCUGGACUGCCACAAACAAAGGCAGCACUCGCCUCAGCCAGCAGCAGAGAAACCGACGAAGCCUGCAAUCAAGGGCCUGCGAUCACACUCCAUAUCAGAUGACUACUCUGGAGUGACGUCUGCAAUUCCAGACAAAGAUGGUCGGCCUUCAAAGCCAGCUCCGCCACCCAAGCCGGCCUCUCUGAGUUGUGCUCUUGAGUCACGACAGCAUUCCUCAUCUCCAGCAAAAGAGAUUCAUUUCAAUGCGGAAGCGUGCUCCCAGCUGCAGCUGCUGAGAAAGCAGACCAAGGACCUGCGGUUGGAAGUACGCAACCUGAGGCGGAUGACGCAGAGUCAAGCUGUCACCGCCAGAGAAAUGAUUCGGGAGACGUGCCUCAAGAUCAAGGUGAUGCUGGCUGCCGUUCAAGUGGGCGAAGACCAGGUUUGUGCAGAACGACUUCGGGUGUCUAGAGAAGAAGACCUCUACAGACAAGAUGUGACACGGCUGGAGAAGGACCUGUCUGACUUGGAGAGUCAAGUGGAGGAGCUCAGGGGCAACGUGAUCAACCGUAGGUGCCGAGUGAACAUGAGCAACGUGGAAAGCAUGGCUCUAGUUCUCAGCAGGGCCAGCAAAACAGUAGCAGACCUGAAAGCGCGGUUUCCAAAUCUACAAGAAAGCUUGAAAUCAGUCAUGGGAGCAGAAAUGGAAGUUGUUGUUAGAGAAGAAAAAUUUCUCAAGGAAGAGCCAGAAAGGCUAGAAAAUGCACUUAGGAGGUGCAAGAAGCUCACUGGGACACUAGUUACCUUAAAAAGGUUGGCGUCAGUGCAAGAGCAGAGGCAUACAGGAGCUCACUCGCUCCCCGAGAAGGCAGCAUCAGCGGAUGGGCCAUACUCCGACGGCGAGGCACACACUGCUCGGUCAAGCAGGCAGGCUUGGAAGUGGAGUUCUAAUUUCCGGGAGAAAAUAGAUGAAGAUGGGCAGACCCCAGAGGCACGGAAACAGGCAACGACGUGCGACGCGGCGGGUGAGCCGGCCGGCGGCGCAGCGAGCGACAGCAGCAAGGGCAGCCCCGCAGCGCGCUCGGAGAACGCCCUGGACGCGCUGCUGGACGAGCUGCAGACCUUCUCCAAGCCGGCGGACAAGCGCGGUGGCGGCCGGCCGCAUUCGGCAGACUCGCCCGUCAGGGCCUCUUCUUCCGCGUCUGUGGGAAGUGGCAAGCCGCCCUCCGGCGCCACGGUCAUCGUCGUCGAUGGUCCGGGCGGCGGCGUCAGCAAGAAGACGCCGCCUCCACCUCCGCCGCGCACAACGAGCAAGUCACCAGUGACGUCGCCCACGGGCCCACAGCGGAGCCGCUCGGAGCCGGUGCGCACCAACGCGCUGGCCGCGGAGGACGCGAGCAGCAGCAGCAGCGGCAGCAGCGGUGGCCGGCGAGACCAGCUCUCAUCCAACAGCAGCAGCAGCGAGAGCGUCAACUCGCAAGAAGGGCUACAAGCACGCAGCCGACAGGAGCUGCUCGACUCGCGGCAUCAGGAGCUGCUGCGGAAACAGCGCCAGCUGCAAGAGCAGUACGCACGGCUGCAGCUCCUCCAGCGCCUAUCGCCGCCCAAACCGGACCUGAAGAAGACCGGCAGCGAGAGCAACAUCCUGCACAAGGCAUCACUCUCGCUGGGCAGCGCUGGCGGCGCGUCCGGUUCGCUCACCCACCUGGCGGUGCCGUCGUCGGCCCUGCGCACGGGCGCCAAGAUCUACGAGACGGAUAUACUGUAGUGACUGUACGGUAUGCACGCAUUGGCUUGGCUUAUUUGAGACGUGUGCGGCCCACAUCUCGGGGGGCUCCCACCACGUGCUAGUCCCGGAGGUCUGACUCCACUGAUGUCCAGCGAAACGCCGCGGCCGCAGGUGCCAAAGGUGGUGUGCACAAGGAGGAAUCGCAGCGGGGAGAUUAUUGAACGCAGAGGUGACUGCAAUGUAUCGAAAUUACUGUAUUUACUUGUCCAAUUUGUACUUAGGAUGUAGCAUAGAAUCUGCAUAAGAUUCUCAUUACUUGUGAGGAUAUUUAUAAUGUACCCAUGAUAACCUUCUGGCAAAUUUUGCUUGUUGGAAGUGUUUGGAAAGAAACAAGCAGGACUGGUGAACAGGCAAGGUUCCUUCACAUUUUCGUUAUAACUUGCUGUGGCUUCAACAAAGGAUUUUCUUUUGGAGGCUUCAAAAGUCUCAAAGGUGUUAAACAGAACAUGAGCUCUUUGGUAUCUUUCGUAUUUCCAAAAGCUUGGCCGAGUCUUGGGCCUUGACCUUAAUGAAAGGAAAUGAGAGGACAGCGUGCGGCUCCAUUUCGUGGCGUUUAUUUUCUCCUGUGCACUCCCAGCACCUGCGGCAUGGGUGAAGUGCAAUCGAAACACUUGGCUCGGCGCCUGGACAGGAAGCCUUGCAUCGCAGAAGGGCACGGGUGACAUGCCAGUCUGUUUGUACUGGACAGUAGACGCCUCACGGUAGGGGUAAACAAGUGCACGAGGAGUGUUGCAUGGGAAAGCACCUGUUAGGCUCUGACCCGGUGAACACAGGACCAUGUGCAAUGCGCAAGUUGGGAUUGGAGGUGGGGAGAGGCUGACGUUGGCCACGUGACUGCGGACGUGGCUUUUAUCCGGGAGCGUUCGCCGUGCCUCUUCCAAGACAGCACUCGGCCAAAUAACUACGCGACACAGUUGUUUUUCGCGUUGAAGCAGCCACGCGGCCGGAACUGUCCGCGACGAGGCGGCCAAGUCCGCAUAUCGCGUGCUUUGUCUGGCGUUUUUUUAUUCUAUCUACAUGACAGUGGUCUUAGCAUGUCUAUUUCCCUCCCAGUUCACAAGGGCUGUGUGUGCAAUUGGCAGGGUGAGUGGUUUCAAUCGCCUCUUUAUUCUGUGGCAGAAGAGGGAUGAGUUGUGUGGUGGAAAAUGCCGAGGCUUCCAGGGUGGCGCUAUGUGCAUAUACAAGUGUAGAGGAACCCUCAAUGCUGUUUGACGCUUACGCUGUCGAAGUUACGCUGUCCUUUGAGCAGCUUUCAGUGAAUGCCAUGCGUGAAUUGUCUGGAGAGAAGAUGCUUGGAAAAAAAUGAGCGUAAUUUGUCAUGCAUAAUCACUGUUAGUCGCCGUAGUGCUCACACUUUUGCGGAAAAAAAAAAGUUCUGUACACUUUUCUAUUCAUAAACUGCCUCUAACAGGCGGACAUAUUUGUUAUGGUGCCGGGUUGUUUGUUUGCCCAAUGUAUUCUGUAAAAGGAAGUUUUGCAGUGUGCCGCAAUGUCAGAACUUGCGUUGUGUUCACCACCUAUUAUAAAAGUCCUUGCAUUGCUUUCGCUUUCUGCAACCGCACCUUUGCAAACUUGUCGAAGAGCCUUGAACCUAACAGUUUCUCCCACAUUUUGGCACUGUCAUUGUCUUCUUGAGAAUGUUUAAUUUAUUGCUGGAGACCACUGUGUAGGCAUUGUGGACAUAUGAGGCCGUUAAAUAUCUGGUAUAAGCCAGAUGGUGAAGUACACACCUUUGACGAGUACACCAUGUUAGUAUUUCAUCAUCAAGGUUCUGUCACUUAUACUUUAUAUUGACAUGAUGUGCUAAGGCUUGCGACUUGUGGGUGAUGUAGUGCAAUUUUCCCCACUUUAUUAACUUUGGAACACUGAACAAUGUGACAUAUGUGCUACCUUGUAGUGAAAUACGCAAUUCACACUAUGAAGGCUGAUGGGUUCCUUGUAGAUUUGUUAAUAAGAUGCAUACAAAAGCUUUAAUCAUCGAUUUGUGCGGCUGAAAAGGCAAUGUAAAAGAAAAUAGAAAAAAGAAAUAAACUGUAUUCAACGAAAUUUCUUCCAUAGCUUAAUAUUUUCAUCCAUGAUGUACAAAUGCUGUGCUGUUACUAAUUGGAACGUAAAAUUGGUAAGCGUAUAACCACCUUCUUGUUCUUGCAAUAUGAGUGUCAUUUUGGUCGUUGUCUGCUAUGAGCUGCUUAACUCAUUUGCACAUAGUUUGUUCUGACCAAAAAUGCUUGUUGGAAGCAUGUGUAUUACCACAUACUGUCAUGCUACAGGGGCAACUUUUUGUUAAUUUUGUUAUGUGAACAAAAAUUUAAUUCACAUAAUGUCACAGAAGAAAGGCAGUCUUGCAGCCCAAAUUCAAUGACUGUGUUAAGCAGCUCCACUGCAAUGCAUUCUUUCACAUGACCAAGUAAUCAUAGUCAAGUGUAAGAAAUAUUUACAUAAGCAGUGCUCGAGGUCAGCCUUCACUUAAACGCCACUCUGCGCUGCGGAUGUUGGAGUACGUGUUUGGCGUAUUUUGGCGCGUCGAAAAUACUCAAAAAUUGUUGGUGUAGAACCAAUGUGUAUGAAAGAGUAAAAAGUGAUACCCUUCGAAAGAACUUCGAAAGCAACAUGGCGAAUGGUGAAGGUAAUGGCACAAAGAUAUAAAAACAUGACCUGAACUUUGUCUCGUUGUUUGAGCUGUUCGUGUUCAACGAAAAUCAAGAAUCCGAGAUUUGACCUUUUCUGUAGUUUACAGAAAAUAUAGUUAGCUUAGCACAUGGCAAGGGCUUUUAGAAGUGGAACUUGAGCUGUGAUAUUGAAAAAAAGAAAAACAUUUCCCAUUCUCCAAAUGAUGCAGAAUCAAUGUGAUUACACUGAAAAGAUUGGCACAUUAAAUAAUUCUAAAGCUCAGCGGGCAAAAUGUUGACACUGCGCAUUAGCCCACUAACUACCAGCAAAGUCUUCAGCAUAAUACGUUUUCAUUCUUGAAAAACGUGAAAUAUUGGGUGUUAUGAGGGAAAUAAUUUCCUGUGACAGAAUUAAUAUUUACACAUACGUUCCUUGCAAUAACUUUGGGUACACAGCAAACUUACACAGCAAACUCCAAUGUACGACAAAAAACGUGAAAAGUUAGGAGCACUAUUAUCCUUACUACUUCAUUUGUGGCUAUGGUGUGUUCACUCCAAUUCCAUACGAAGCCACUCGCUGUGGUGCACCAGGAUAAGGUACCACUCCCUGCCCCUAUUACUGCUGUGCUCUCGUUUGUGUAGCAUUUCCUCGUGGUUUGUACAUCAUAAUGUCAUGCCUGCAGAUGCGGCUGAGCAAGUCCCUAAAUGAAAAAGAACAAAUGUAUUCAGAAAACCCAUCUACACCAUCGUGUUUCCACAAGUACCUGCCUCACACCCUUACCCGUAUACAGUUUGCAUGAAUGUGCAUAGACUCCUUUGACCUUAGCUCCUCCAGAAAAAAAUAGUUGUUCUGAAAAUUUUCAUCCUACUAUAGCGCGUGUUGUUACAUGUUGAUAUGCUGCCGACACGAUGGUGGCACUUUCUCAGUGGCGCAUUGUGGCGCUGCGCCAGAGCCGUCGUCAUGCCACAAGGCAAGUUAUUAGAAAUGUCUGUUGGCUGUCUGCGCAGUUUCGCAUUUCAUGGAUUUGUAAGGGACGAGCAAGCGACAGAUCAAAUAUGUUGGUUGAAGCAGGAUACUCGCAAGCUCUCAUAAAUGUGCAUCUAGAACAGAAACCAUGCUAUUGAGGACUUGCGACAUCAUGUAUGGGCUGGUACACUUUUCCACAAACACCUUUAGGUAUGCAAAUUUUAGUUUUCCCUCAUUAUUUGGCCAUCACUAACGACGUCUGAGCCACUUGUGUCCAGUUUACUUAAUGGAUCAUUGCCAUUUAUCGGAUUCUACCUGGUACAAAAGUUCCCAGGUGAAAGUGCUCGCUGCCAUAUUGGAGAGAAAGGUGCGGGGCAAGUGCUUUGGUUGCUUGCCAGUGUGUGUAUACCAGAGCUAGGAAGAUUAGCACCAGCAUGCGGCACACGUAGUCCAGCAGCGAAUAAUUUCUUUAACUUUUUUGAGAUGUGCCUCACAUUCACAGUGCAUUGUUCUCCCCAUGAAGUUGCUUUCUGUUUUUAUGUGCAGUCAAAUGUCAAAUCGACAUGCAUACAAUGACGAGCGACGCUAUGAACUUGUCUCGCCAACAUAGGUUAAAUAUCUGCGUGUUUUAUAUGCUAAUGUAUUUAUUCUGCUUUUCAACGCAUAAUUUCGUAACUAAAUGCAGUUUUUUUUUUUUACUAUAGAAGCAGUUCUUUUCAUGGUCAGGCAUAUGUUCAUUUGCCAAUAACGCAACAGUGGAAAACUUUAUAGACGUUAAAUACAUCACUGCGCGGAGACGUGUUUCUUGAUGCGGUGAAAAUAGGUCCGCCUGCAGUGGUAUUUGUUUGACUUUAUGAAAGUGUUGGUUUGACCUGUUAAAUUAAGAGAGCCUAUAUAGAUCACUGUCACAUUUUAACACAUGUAUGCACCCUUGGCGACUUGCGAAGCAAGAACCGUGUUUUCAUAACGUGGUAUAAAUGAACAGCAUGCAUUAUUACAAGGCGACAGUGAAGCCUCACCUUGUUCCAUCCGUCGUGUCCUUUUGCCGCCUCUUCAUUUCCAAAGUACCUGCAUGUUGACGAGCGUGGCAGGAUGUGUUAAAAAUUCUCCUCAGUAUAUUUAUUGCCCACCACCUACUUAAGGUGACUAUAUUUAGUCUUUUUGGUCACUACAGGGCUCUGUUCAAUGUUGAAGAUUUCAUACAAAGAGAGGUAAUGCUCUUUUUUCCACCUGUUUCAUGAGCAUAUAUAUUGUUCUUAAGUUAUUCACUUGAGAUACACAUGGGCUUUAUUCCUGCACUGAAUGUGGCAUGGUCGUGGAGUUCCUUUGUUAACAUACAGAAGACUGUGGCAUCCAGGGUUUCAGGACAAUCUUAAGCAAUAAGUUAAAAAAAACACUUAUUUGACUGGUUGCAAAUGAAAUGUUUCGCUCAAAGCGCUUUUGCAUGCAUAUAUCAUUUUGAAGAAAUUGCACAGAGCGUUUCUCACGUGGUGUCAUGCAUAUUCAGGUUUUCUACUGUGCUUGUAUUGUUUUUGAUUUGCUGAGUUCAUUAAAUUAAUGCGGUGCCGAAACUUUGUAAUUGUAAAGAGAAGUAAUGUCGCUACAGUUUAAGCACAUUAGUCGACAAAAAAGAAAGGAAUGUGCAUUUUUAAAAGGAAAUGAAAAUUCUUGUUUAACUGGAUAUGCAAGGUCCUAAUUCUAUUUAGGAGUGUUCAUUUCCUUAGCUUCAUAAACGGUGACAAGUAUUUCAUACGAGUACCACUUACCUAGCUUUCUGUGUCAAACAUCUCUAUUGCUUAGAAGAUGUAGCCACUUUUUUCACCAAGGUGUGGUGGUGAUGCGAUUGUAGUAUUCUCUGUGCGGUUACCAUUUGUUUUCCUUAAGCUACUUGUAGCUAUGCACAAAACUUUCACUGGGAAAGAUUAAAAUUUGCAUACUUAUACCUGUGUGUACAUACAUGUACUGUAGCGGAUUUUUCUCGUGUGUAUCUAGUUGGCACAAUUUGCAGACGUCUUCUACUGUGGAGGAUAGGCCGCACUGAAGCGUUAUUUUUAGACUGAAAUGCAAUGAAAUGGGAUGUCAUUCGUAUGCCUAAACAAGUGGCGUUUCUAUUAUCUUACUCGUCUCAGGUGCUCUUUGACUUGUCAUAGUCACUACCAUAUUCAGUAUACAGUGUGGACUCGUGUGCUUUCUUUGAUAUUGAUUGAUCGCUGAUCACGUAGUAGAAUUGUAACAUAAGUCUGUCGUGAAUUUUGUCAAAAAUAAAAAGUUGUGUCUUGUUCA